GGACCGCGGUGCUGGCCGCGCUCAUGGCGCUGCUCAUUGUGGCCACGGUGCUGGGCAACGCGAUGGUCAUGCUCGCCUUCGUGGCCGACUCGAGCCUCCGCACCCAGAACAACUUCUUUUUGCUCAACCUCGCCAUCUCCGACUUCCUCGUGGGGGCCUUCUGCAUUCCGCUGUAUGUGCCCUAUGUGCUGACGGGCCGCUGGCCUUUCAGCAGGGGCCUCUGCAAGCUGUGGCUGGUCGUGGACUACCUGCUCUGCGCGUCCUCUGUCUUCAACAUCGUGCUCAUCAGCUACGACCGGUUCCUGUCCGUCACCCGCGCUGUCUCUUACCGGGCCCAGCAGAGCAACACGCGGCGGGCGGUGUGGAAGAUGGUGCUGGUGUGGGUGCUGGCCUUCCUGCUGUACGGGCCGGCCAUCCUGAGCUGGGAGUACCUGUCGGGCAGCAGCUCCAUCCCCGAGGGCCACUGCUACGCGGAGUUCUUCUACAACUGGUACUUCCUCAUCACGGCCUCCACGCUCGAGUUCUUCACGCCCUUCCUCAGCGUCACCUUCUUCAACCUCAGCAUCUACCUGAACAUCCAGAAGCGCACCCGCGAACGGCUAGACGGGGUCCGCGAGGCCUUCGGCCCAGAGCCCCCACCCGAAGCCCAGCCCUCUCCGCAAGCCGUGCGUGGCUGCUGGGGCUGCUGGCAGAAGGGGCGGGGGGAGGCCAUGCCACUGCACAGGUACAGGGCCAGGGUUGGCGAGGCAGCCCCUGGCACCCAGGCAGGGGAGGCGGCCUUGGGGGGCAGUGGUGGGGGCACCGUGGACUCACCCACCUCCAGCUCGGGGAGCUCCUCUCGGGGCACAGAGCGGCCUCGCUCACUCAAGAGGGGCUCCAAGCCAUCUGUGUCCUCAGCGUCACUGGAGAAGCGCAUGAAGAUGGUGUCCCAGGGUAUCACCCAGCGCUUUCGGCUGUCACGGGACAAGAAGGUGGCCAAGUCACUGGCUGUCAUUGUGAGCAUCUUUGGGUUUUGCUGGGCCCCGUACACACUCCUGAUGAUCAUCCGGGCCGCCUGCCAUGGCCACUGCAUCCCAGACUACUGGUAUGAGACGUCCUUCUGGCUGCUGUGGGCCAACUCGGCAGUCAACCCGGUCCUCUACCCUCUGUGCCACUACAGCUUUCGCCGCGCCUUCACCAAGCUGCUCUGCCCCCACAAGCUCAAGGUCCAGCCCCACAGCUCCCUGGAGCACUGCUGGAAGAAGACAAGAAGAAAACACAUCUGUGAACUCGAUGUUCCUUGGAUGUUUAAUCAAGAGAGACAAGAUUGCAGAGGAGCUCAGAGCAGGAUUGGCAAGUGGGGGCUCCCACGCCCUCUCUCCUCAUGCUGCUGUUUCCGGCUGAGCUAUGCCAGCUGCUUCUGCCCACCCUGCCCCCAGCUUGGGUGCUGGGCCCAACUGGUGGCUCUGAGAGUGGCCAAAACUUGGAUGCCUGUUUGGUCCGUAGGCUGCCAUCCCACCCCCUCUGUUCAACCAGCGUUUCCUGGGGCUGAUGGGGCAGAGGGCCUCAGCCCUGCCCUGAGGGUCCCGAGGCUCUCAGGGUAGUCAGAGGGGACCAGGCUCGGGUGCCUAGUGGAGGGACUGCUUAGCCACAUCCACUUACCACAUGGGUGCCCUGCAUGCUCCGCUCCCACCAUGCUAGCCCUGCAGACUCUGAGGUCCAUAGUAAAGUGUAUUUUUUUAUU